CCGGCUGGGGUGGGCAGCCUCACUUGAGCUGAGUGUCUGUCACCUGCACCAUCUACAGGUCGUACUCCCCUCUACGCUCCACCAUGAAGGACUAUCAGGUUGGUGUGGCGGUGGUGGGGGUACUGAUAGUGGCCAUGCUAGGGAGGGCGGCAGGUCACCCCGGGUCCUCCCUCACUCACAUGGAUGAUGACCAAGGAGUCAAGCGAGGCUUCUGGUAUAAGCGAGCUCCCCUUCUUCAUCGCGACCAACACUACGACGACGAUGACGACACGGACGAUUAUCCAACCCAGCAGGCACUGUGGAAGCACUGGGCAUCACCAGACAAGCGAGGGUUCGGGUCCAUGAUGCCAGCCUACCUGGUACACCUCUACCGCCCGGCUCAGCCUCUUCUCAACCCCGCCGCCCUUUUCACCUCCACCAGGCGAAAUUCUGAGCGGGACAAGAUUGAUUACAGCAGUCAGGGAUAGGUGACGCCCCAUCCCUCAACCACAAGGGAAAACUUCAUGAUAUGGUACAAGACUAAUAAAGCCGGUGCUUCCCUGUUGGACUCUACCAAGUCCUCACCCAGGCAUGAUAUCACCAGGAACUCCGGGUCUUUGUGUCCAUUGCGGAAGCAAUUGUAUUCCAUAUGACUUUCUGACAUAUUUUAGACACUUGAAUCACAACUAUAAAUUGUGAAAUGUGUUUUUCUACAAGGAAAAAAUGAAUCAUACAUAGGUGUUCUCAACAUUUUCCCAUAAAUAUAACGAGAAGUAAUAAAACAAAAUGAAUCAUGUACAUCUAAUAUAUAAAGAAGCUUUUAAAGUUGAAA